AUGCGUCCCGUACCAGCAUCAGCAGGCCCUGUCCUGCGCAGCUGGACUCGACACACUCUCCCUACGUCCGCAGCAACCUCAUCCUCCCGGUUCGCCGCCAUGUCAGCCACUACAGCUUCCCACCCCAGCUCCCAACGUCGACUACAAUCAGCUGGAGCCGAAGCCAGCAGCUUUGAGAGCCCCUUCCGGAAUUCUAAGCCUUCUACCUACGACACCACCAAGAUCCCGAGCUUCAAGAACUAUGCCUCCCAGGGCAGCGAGGUCUCAAACCGUGUUUUCUCUUAUGUCCUAGCUGGAUCGAUGGGUCUGCUGGCAGCGGCUGGUGCUAAGGCGACUGUUCAGGAUUUCCUAGUCAACAUGUCUGCCUCCGCCGACGUGCUGGCCCAAGCCAAGGUUGAAAUCGAUCUCGCGGCGAUCCCAGAAGGAAAAAAUGUCAUCAUUAAGUGGCGAGGCAAGCCUGUUUUCAUUCGACACCGAACGGCAGAUGAGAUCAAGGCUGCCGAAUCAGUCAAAGUCGAGAGCCUCCGUGAUCCACAAUCCGACGCCGACCGAGUAAAGAAACCCGAAUGGCUAGUCAUGGUUGGUGUUUGCACUCACUUGGGUUGUGUACCCAUUGGUGAGGCCGGUGACUACGGUGGCUGGUUCUGCCCCUGCCACGGUUCUCACUACGAUAUAUCCGGCCGUAUCAGGAAGGGACCCGCGCCCUUGAACCUGGAAAUCCCCGCGUACGACUUCCCCGAGGAGGAUAAAUUAGUGGUCGGGUAG